UUGAGGGCCGUACAUCAGCCUUGCAGUAAUCCGGCCGAGCAAGGAUCAAAAAAGUUUCAUUGAUAACAGAACCUGCAAAUUACUGCAUUGUAAUAUACAACAAACCCGGACUAUAAUGCGCUUUAGAAGGGCAGCUGUAUUCUAAGGAUGUGGAUGUAUUUACGGAAAGAAUUGCUGUAGCAACUUAAACGGGCUUGUUUUUGACAGUUUGGACGUGGAAUCCCUAAGCAAAAGUUGAAAAUGACAGAAUAUAAGCUUGUGGUGGUUGGAGCUGGAGGCGUUGGGAAGAGUGCCCUGACAAUACAACUUAUUCAGAACCAUUUUGUGGAUGAAUAUGACCCUACAAUAGAGGACUCGUACAGAAAACAAGUAGUAAUCGAUGGGGAGACGUGUCUGUUGGACAUUCUCGACACCGCAGGUCAAGAGGAGUACAGUGCAAUGAGAGACCAGUAUAUGAGAACAGGGGAGGGCUUUCUCUGUGUCUUUGCCAUUAAUAAUACUAAGUCAUUUGAAGAUAUACACCACUAUAGGGAGCAGAUAAAACGAGUGAAAGACUCUGAAGAUGUCCCUAUGGUCUUGGUAGGCAACAAAUGUGAUCUUCCAUCCCGAACGGUGGAUACGAAGCAAGCUCAGGACUUAGCUAGAAGUUAUGGAAUUCCUUUCAUAGAGACAUCAGCAAAGACAAGACAGAGAGUGGAGGAUGCCUUUUAUACUCUGGUACGGGAGAUCCGACAGUACCGGUUGAAAAAGCUCAGCAAAGAAGAAAAGACCCCUCGCUGUGUGAAGCUUAAAAAAUGUGUUGUAAUGUAAAGGGGGUGUGGAUGAUGCCUUUUACACAUUAGUCCGAGAAAUUCGAAAGCACAAAGAGAAGAUGAGCAAAGAUGGCAAAAAGAAGAAAAAGAAGUCGAAGACAAAGUGUAUAAUCAUGUGAAUAGAUGUUUCCCUUUUAAACAAGAACAAUCAGCCUUCUUUAGAUGUACUGAACUGAAAGUAAUACUUUUGUUUUUGUACAUUACACUAAAUUAUUAGACUUGGUUUUAUUAGCACAUCUACUUAAUCUGGUUUUAUGAAUCAUUAGCUAUUGAUGGUUUGCUUGUGUUUUCCCUUUUUUUUUUUUUUUUAGAAAACAAAAUAAGCUUUACUUUCCACUCUUUCUAAGUGUAAGUAUUACUUAAGUCUUGGCCCUUCAGCUAGCUGAUCAGUCUCUGUUGGGGCUUUUGAUGCAUGUACUUUUGCUAAACCUUUUCAUUUUCCUUAAAUGUAUAUUUUAUUGGUGUGUCAAUAGCAGUAAUCCCUUUCUAUUUUACUUUUUAUUUUUAAAAAUGAGCUUUCUGUAUUUUUGUAUAUUGUGCUGCUUGUUGAAGUUGCCACAAUAAGGGUCUGUUUUGAUCAAGUCUUUACAGGACGUACAAUUGUUAUAGAUUUUGGUAUACAUAUAGAAAACUAAAACAGGGUUUUUAAAAAAAAAAAAAGAUUUCCUGAUGUUUCAACUUUUAAGCUCAAAUACUGAUAAACUACAUUAUAGUUCAUCAAAUGUGCAGUACUAUUUGUGGAUAUUCUAACAUGCGUAUGGAUGGGACUGAAGGUAACGCAAGUAAAUUCAGAUGUAAUUGUAGGCAAUUUUAGUGACAAGGUUUAAUAAAAGGCUGCACCAUACUAUACACAGUAUACUAAACUGAGGGGGUUCCCCGAGUGGCGCAUCCAGUAAAGGCGCUCCACAUGGAGUGCAGGAUGCGCUCUAUAGUCUGGACGUCGCGAAUUCGAGUCCAGGCUAUUCCACAGCCGACCGUGGACGGGAGCCCCCAGGGGACGGCGCACAAUUGGCCAAGCGCCGCCAGGGGGGAGGGAGGGUUAGGUCGGCCAGGAUGUCCUCGGCUCAUCGCACACCAGCGACCCCCAUUGUCUGGCUGGACGCCUGCGGGCUUGCCUGUAAGCUGCCCGAGAGCUGCGUUGUCCUCCGACACUGUAGCUCUUGGGUGGCUGCAUGGUGAGUCCGCAGUGUGAAAAAAAGCAGUCGGCACACGCUUUGGAGGACAGUGUGUGUUCGUCUUCGCCCUCCCGAGUCAGUGCAGUGGUGGUAGCGGUGAGCUGAGCUUGAAAAAGAAUUGGCCAUUCUAAAUUGGGAGAAAAUAAUAAAAAUAAUUGGCAACGACUAAAUUUAUAUAAAAAAAAGAAAAAGUAGACUGAACUGAAUCUGAAAUAGAUGUGUUGUGUGCAAACACUUUGGAUGGCAAUAGUUUCAAGAUUUUGUUUUGUUUGUUUGUUUUAAUCCGGCUACUUGACCUUCAUGAUAUCUUUACUUGGGGUUAUAGCAUUACAGAAUUAUCUUCACAAAUUUUGUACACUUUAGCACUCUGAUAAUAACAUUUGGGAACAUAAUUAUGUAGUGCUAUAGCCCCAAAUAAAGAUAUCAUGAAGGUUAAGUAGCCAGCAGAUUAAAAAAAAAAUAAUAAUAAUCUUGAAACUAUUGCCAUUAUUCAUGGCUACACUGAUAUUGUGGAAAAGACUGCUCCUUACGUCCUUCUGCAUGGCAUUAUCUCCUAUAGUUUUCCGGCUUUGGUACUAAUAACAGUUUGGGCUUUUCUGUAGGUGGUCCAAACAACACCUUUCAUGUUACCUUUUUGUUUGUUUCUUUGGAUGAAGGUUGGGUUCCUCAAGUGGGGGAACAUUCAGUUUAGUGUAUUGCACCAUUUGGUGUUUUAAAAAGCACAGGUGAAUUUACCACACACAACUCAAAAUAGAUUGGAAUACACAGAUUUCAAAUGUAGUUACUUUACAAUGGGGUGGAAAGACUUUUACCGUAGAAAGCCAAAAAGCCUUGUACACACUCAAAUUCACAAACACAUUAUAUGGAUAUUACAUGGAUGUAAAACUGUCCAGAAACCAUGCUUUUCUAAGGCUAAACCAGACAAAAUAAGGGUCUUGAGCUGUAACGGUAUAAUUAAAUACAAACUGCCACAAUUCACAAUAUCUCGUAUUUUUUUGUAAUGGCUAUAUGUGAGUGGCAACUUCUGCUUAGAUUUAUUUCUUAAAUGUAACGUGUUUACCUGGAAUGUUUUAACAACCUUUGUAUAGUUGUAAUACUGAAAGGUGCAUAUUUUGUACAUUGUGCUUCUUUUUUGGUUUGUUUAUAUGAAUGAUGUUUAAUCCGGUUUCAAUCAUUUUCUUUGUGCUGAUCUGGAAUGUUGGUCAUAACGGAUCAAAUGAAAUGAAUGACCACUGUUUAAUAAGUACUUUGUAAUGUUUUUAUAGGAGUAUGUGCUGUGUGGUGAGCUCAAAUUAGUCACUAUAUUUUUGUCAUGAAUUUCACCACUCCUAUUAAUGUAUAAUAAAAAAUAAAAAAACAGGAA